AGAUCCCUAUUAGUGGAAGGGUGAGCGUGAGACUACCUUAGACUGCCCAAUGUUACCGUGCCUGGUCAGUCUUCACUAACCUUGCCAGCGUUGUGACGUCCACCCCAGUCUAAGGUGGCAUAGGCCAUUCAAGCAGGAGAUAAUCUCUGGUUAUCUCCCCGAUAAGCAGCCACCGGCGUUGCCAUGGCGACCCCUCUGACCCGUCCCGUGUCUCUGACAAGGGACUUCUCACCAGCUAUUUCUCAUGGUGGCGUUUUCCAGGGUAGCUCUACGUUCCUGAAAGGUCCGCAGCAAGUGUUGCUGCGGACCACUUCUCUUCCACGCAAGUCAUCCUCGUUUGUGUCACACUCGUCGUCAGUGUCACACUCCCCAUCCCUCGUUACACGCUCCAGCACCGAGAGGCCAGACCGUGCUUCCUUCGUCUCCGCAGAGCCGUUGUCCUGCUUUCUCGUGGUUUCGGUUGUACCCGAUAAUGGCUGGUUCGAUACUCGCCAGGGUAGCCGAUCCGUUCGAGCCGCCGCGCGUGGUGCUGGCGGAGACGGCUCCGACAAGGAAACUGACGGCGCCGGUAACGUUGUCGUUUCAGAUUCGAAGAGCCUAAACGGUGCGUUAGCUUUAGUCGCAGAGCCCGAGUCCCUGGCACGAACGGAUGGUUCCACGUCAGACACGGAAAUAGCUCGCUACAGCCUCGUCAGCGCUGACGUGGCAGCGGAAGUGAACGAACGGCUGCAGCGGCUCGAGGUCCUCAUGCUCCUCCGGCGGCUAUACCGCGACGCGAACCGGUCCGAACGCGUCCUUAACAUGCCCAUUCCCGUGAUUAAGAAGAAGCGGGAAGGGACGCAGGAGAUUAAAGCGCGGCGCAAGGUGCGGCGUGGGGCGAACUAUUGGAUCCGGCGCGGGCUGGGCGUGGCGGAGAGGAAAGGCGAGGGUGGAGAGGGGGAGGAUAAGCCGAUCCUAGUGGUGGAGAACGCGGUCGAGGUGCUCAAUUGCUCGGCGGACGUUCGCGCGCUCGCGGAGUCCCUGAGUCGUGACCUAAGUUUCUUCCACGGGCAGCUGCCCGCCGUUUUCCCGGAGGAGACGAAGGCUGCAGAAGGUGUUGCUGACGUGGUGAGGACGCUGUCGCAGCGCCUGGAGGAGCUGGCGGAUCGCAUCGAGGCGUCGCUGACAGCGGAGCAGCGGCGGGAGGUGGAGGAGGAGCUCGAGGCGCAGGCGCUGCAGGAGCAGAUGGACCAGGAGGCGAACGUUCGGGAGCGUGUGCUGCGUCGCUUGGGCGGGCUGUCCAACACGAGUGCAAUCUUGGAGAGAGUGAGGCAGAGGAUAGCGUCUGUGGACAUCUCGUUUGGGGACUUCAGCAUCGACCUGCCUACGAUCAAAGGGGCGGGAGGGCAGGCAGUGCGCACGCUGGUGGACACGUGGCGGCGUCUGAAUGGCCGCCCGCCUACUACAGAGCUGGAGCCCCUGGCUUCCGGCCUGCCUCGCCCCAUGUCCACGGGAGACAGGGAGGAGGAGAAGAAGCUCAAGCUGCUGCUGGAGGUGGAGGCGUUGGACAGGCGGCUGAACGACGCCAUUCGCAGCAGAGAGCAGCGGCUGCGGCAGCGGAACGUGCUCGUGCGGGCGAGACUGGCCCGGGAGAUCAAAGCGCUGGAUGACGAGGUGAACGAGCUGCGCAAGGAGCUGGCAGUGCGCACGCUGCAGCUGCAGAUGCAGGUCAUCUACAUGUUCCUGGAGCAGGAGCUGCUCUUCGCUGCCGACUCACAGGACGUGCGGACAGACGAGGACGAGUCCCUCCUGGUAGCAGAGUACGGCCUUCUGGACGCCGACUUGGCUCGCCUGCGCACGGCUGUGGACAGAAAGGAGGCGAUUCUUAUCGAGGACGAGGAGCUGGAGGCGCUGGCCAUUGACAUCCCUGACCUCAAGUUCCGCCUGGGGAUCAUGGAGGAGCCCUCCGUGCCUCUCCAGCAGAGGGCACAGAUGACGGUGGAGGAGGCCAAGGGCAAGGUGGGCGAGGGCGCGUCCUUCUUCUGGCGGGGCGUGCGCCUGCUGGCUGGCGACGUGGCGUACUCUGCCAGGCUCUUCUGGGUGGCUGCUACCGGCACCACCCUUAAAGCCAGAGAGGUGCAAACCCUGCGCCGCACGGCGACAGAUCUGCUGGUGGUGAUUCCCUUUGCCAUCAUCCUCAUUGCCCCCAUCACCCCGGUGGGCCACGUGGCUGUCUUCGGCUUCCUCCAGCGCUACUUCCCGGGCUUCUUCCCCUCACCCUUUUCAUCCCGGAGGCAGGAGGUGAUGGUGCGCUACGAGAACCUCAAGCUGCAGAUGGCGACAGCAUCGGGAUCCGAGAAGGAGAAGGUGCAGGCCAUGGCUGCUGCUGCUGCCACCGAGACCUUUGAAGCGUCCGAAGAGGACACAGCAGCUGGGGGAGGGAUGGGGAUGCACGGGGGGGGAGGAAGGGGGGGAGGAGGAGGCGGUGGCAUGGGGAUGGGCAUGGGGAUGGGUGGGUUUGCAUUUGGGCUCGGGUUUGGGAGAGGGGGGAAUGCGGGCGAGGGGCAGUCGUCGAGGAUAUGGAGGGACGAGCGGGCGAAGCUGCUACUGCUGCAGGAAAAGCUUCCGGGAAUCUCCCGCCUGGUGUCCAGCCUAAGGGAGGCGGAUGGGAGGAAGGACGGGGAGGGCGGGGUAUCGGUGUCGGUGGUAACAGAGGGAGGAGGGCUGGCCUCCUCGCUCCAAGAAUUGGUGUCACCGCUUUUGUCGGUGGCUACUCCCUCGGUUUCUCCUUCGGAAGCAGCAGCUUCCCCUCCCUCGGUGUCCACAACAUUGGUGAAUGACUCGACCACCUCUCCCCCUGCUGCGGCUCCAGCUGCUGCCGCCCCUACCCCUGUCGCUCUUGCUGCCCCUGCUGUCCCUGAUGUCCCUGCUGCUCCUGCUGUCCCUGCUGCUCCUGCUCCUCCCCCUCCUGCUGCUUCUGCUGCUGUCCCCGUUCCUUCGGAUUCACAAUCACUACAAGCAGAGCCGAGUGGUGGCAAAAUCACUGGUGAUUUGCCAUAGGGCAAAGGUCGGGGAAAGAACUUGGUGCUCACUUUAUUAUUGCCCGGUUGGUUUUAGUGUUGGGUUGAAAACCAAGACUCUUAGUGAGCUAGGCUCUUGGUGUGGAAGAACCCUGUUCAUUUGAUUGGCCGCAAACCCCUUGUAUGGGGAGGGGUUCUACAAUUUUAAACCGGUUUGUGACCCGUUUUUACAAGUGAAGUGCGUCUUCCU